CACAAGACAAGAGACAACAAAAUACCAGCAAAAAAAAAAAAAAAAACAAAACAAUUUUUUGGAUGAUUUAUUUGUCCACAUCGACUUGUGUGUGAUUUUUCAUUCCACAAAUAAAUGAGGAGCGUGCAAAAUUAUCAGCGCGGGAUUAUGAUUCAAUUGGAAGCAGCAGCAACCACAGCUGGCAACAGAUAAUAAAACCUAAAAAAAACCUAACAGUAUUUACAUGUGUAACAAAUUGAAAGAGGAAAACUUGUGACAAGUGUUGUUGCACAAUAAUAACAACAACAAGAAUUACAAAAAACACAAAACCCCUUGAGAUAGGUCUAGAAGGGCAACCACAACGCAUUUCGACGCCCUUGCCUGGAAAUUAUCUUCGAAACUUUGAGUUGUUUAACAAAUCAAACAAAUGUCGUUCAAAAGAAAAUACUAUCGUGUCUUAUAGUCCUAGAAGUUCCGAGUGUACAAUCCCCCCGUCGUUCGUUGUAAAAAGAAAUUUUGUCUUAAGUGUUUAUUUUUUGUUCCAAGUCAAUGAGAAUUAUUUGCGCGUUGUAGCAACAUUGUAGCCGUAAAGUAAACAAAACUAAAGUGAAGAUAAGUCGCAAUUCAUUUCCCCCAUUUUCACAAUUUCGACCUCCCCUCACUACCCACCACACACCACACCAAUGGCCACAAAUUGUGAAUAUAUCGAGGAAAAUUUGAAUCAAAAUCAAAAAUGUCCCAUUUCAAAUUCCGCCUCCAUGUCCUCAAUGACGCACGAAGAGAAACAGGAUAGCGCCGCGGAGAAGUCACAGAGCAAAAGUUCCUUUUCGGAUAUGUCAUCGGAAAUGGGUAGCGGAGGAUGCCUGCGGCAGAAUGGCACCUCUCCACUGCCGCCGCAUUUUUUGCCCAGCAUUGGAGAUGAUGUCUUCGAGCAUGCCUUUGAUGCCUCAAUGGCGGAUUUGGAACACAUGGGUCACAAUGAUGGUUAUGAAUCGGAUUCGGAGCCCUCGCUAAGUGGAGAUAUUGACAUGGACCUACAUCCGGCUCCUUUACAUGCUUCGAACAGCGAUAAUAUGACCUGUACCACCGGCUUGGGUAGUGGGGUGCUACAUCCCUUUCCCCGGGCGAAAUCAUUUGAAUAUCACAGCAGUGGUUCGGAAUCAUCAUCCGAGGAGGAGGAUGGUGAGCCCCAGCUGGAGGGUGACAUGCAGGCGGCCCUAAGUCUAUCGGGGAAAUACUACACCCCCGACAUUUUUCAAAUGCGUCCCUAUCUGAUGCCCUUCACCGAACGUCGACGCCUCUCCCAAUGCAAGGAGGAAGAUGAAGAUGAUGGCGAGAAGUCACCACAGCCUCAGAAUUCCGAACAGCCACCUAAAUUUGAGCGCAACAACAAACCCACACCCCCUCCACCCCCGCCGCCGGUCAGUGACAAAGUCAAUGCCGAGAAAUUUAAGGACUUGGAGAGGUUGCGCCAGCAGUUUAUGCACAAAAUCGAUAGCAUCAAUACCAACAAUGUGGAGGACAUCAAGACGGUCACCGUGGCCCCGGAGCAUACCUCUCCACCGCCGCCACCACCCAUACCGCCUACAAUUCUCCCACCGGCCCUCAUCAAUCUCCUGGAGUCAGCCAAAUCCACCUCAACCAUGCUCAAGUUGCCAAGCACCUCCUCCACCACCAACAAACCCCAGCUCAAAGUUGAGCCACCCACCCCCGGCACACCGUCCAGCAAUGAACCACCCUCCCCCUCCACCCUCGUAAUUAAGGGCAAAUUUACCGUCACCAAAACCCAAGAGACCCCCGAAUUGCAGCAGCUGCGUUCCGAGGCCGACAAACUGAAACAUUUGAAUGCUGCAACAAAUGCCCAUACCAUCAGUUUUCCCAGCCAAUUUGGUGGCUACUCCUCCGUGCAGGGCCUCUUCUCUCAGCGCUAUGGCAGCAAUAAAACGCCCACCGCCCAGCCGCAUCUGUCCAAACAAUUCUUCGACAGUUCCCUCGUGGAGAUCAGAUCACCGGCCGAAAGUACUUCAUCGCUGAACAGCAACACUCACAACAGCAACCAAAACAUAAGUCCAAACUGUGAUAGUAGUAGCAUAGGAACAACAGCAACAAAUCGGAAUUCAAUUCCAACAACACCCCUAUCAUCGACAACAAAAGUUCGUUCCAUAUCCCUGUCGGAGUACUCACCCUCAUCCGCAAAAUAUCGUGAAUAUCCCCAUUUGGAUGAUGUUUGGAUUAAACGUCCCGCCAACGGUGCGACCACAACCACGACCACCACUCCGAAGACUCCCCAAUUUCCCGUUAAAACGGGCAGUUCAAUGGGUUCGGAAUCUUCGUUGCCAAAGAAACAAUACUACACCGAUGACAGUGCGGCCGAGAGUGGCCGCACCACGGCAGUGCAAUCGGAAGAUGAACAAGAUGCCCGGCUGCCGUCGUCAAGGCCCUCAAGUGCGCCGGCCGAACCAAAUGCCAAAGCGGCUCGAAAAGCCUCCAAAAAGAUGAAAGAAGAAGCUCGACGCCAGGAGAAAGAAGCCAGCCGCCGUGAAAAAGAAGCCCGCAAAAUUGAACGUGAAACCGCUCGCCGCCUCGAACGCGAAGCAGCCAAGCUGGAAAAACUUAAUCGCAAUGCUGAAAAGAUAUCACGCAGUACCGAGCGAAUGGCGGCCACACCUCGUUCCGGUUCGCUGGAACGAAGACGUAGCGGUGAAGAUUCGCCGGUCCUAAAUCAAUCCACUGUCCACGGCAUAGCCAGUCCCAAUCGUAGACCAACGAUUUUCGAUGUGUUUCGUCCGCGCGCCAAAUCGGAUGCCAAGAAACAAAAUAAACUGCUACUCGAUCCCCUGUCGGCAGCUGCUGCCGCGACUGGUAAUGAAAUGGGCAGUGCCAGCAGCACCCAUUCCUCCGGAGGAGGUGGCGGCGGCGGUGGUGGCACUGGUGGCGUUAUGAAUUCCAUGAAAGUAGCUUUACAAAAUUCCGGCCUUAUUGGUGGUAGCCAUCAUCAUCACAAGCAGCAUCCCGCCGUGACGAUAACCUCUGCCGAUGGCACAACCUCCGUUAAGAACAAGUACAAAGAUGGUUCGGCCCAUCCGCAUCAGGGUAGUGAUGCUCAUUACUAUCACACUGUGACGGCUGUAAGGCGUGCCGAUGUUUCCCGUUCACCAAUGACCAAAGUAAUGGACUUGUUUAGACAUCGUUCCAAUUCAGCAGCCUCCGAAGCCGAUAAGCGUAAAGCGCGUGUGGCGGCGCAUCAACAGCAGUUGGCGGUACAAAGUGCUCAUAUGCGUCGCGCCUCUGCUGACCUAGAGAAACGUCGUGCUUCCGUCGGUGCUGCUAGUCGAGGCUUAAGGGGUGAUGGCACCCUGGAUCCACAUCAUGCUGCAAUAUUGUUCAGAGAUUCAAGAGGGUUGCCUGUUGCUGAUCCGUUCCUAGAGAAAGUCAAACUUUCAGAUUAUGAAGAAGAUGAUUCCCAAAUUUUCGUCAAGUUUUUCCGUUUUCACAAAUGUUACGAUCUAAUACCAACCUCAGCCAAAUUGGUAGUCUUCGAUACACAGCUCUUGGUGAAAAAGGCCUUCUAUGCCCUGGUCUAUAAUGGGGUACGUGCCGCACCGCUAUGGGAUUCACAGAAACAACAAUUCGUGGGAAUGUUGACCAUUACGGAUUUCAUUAAAAUUCUGAGAAUGUAUUACAAAUCACCGAAUGCCUCAAUGGAACAAUUGGAGGAGCACAAAUUGGACACAUGGAGAAGUGUCCUACACAAAGAAGUCAUGCCAUUGGUUAGCAUUGGCCCCGAUGCCUCACUGUAUGAUGCCAUUAAGAUACUCAUACACAAUCGUAUACAUCGAUUACCUGUCAUUGAUCCAGCGACGGGCAAUGUUCUCUACAUAUUGACACAUAAACGUAUCUUAAGGUUCCUCUUUUUAUAUAUCAAUGAAUUGCCCAAGCCUUCUUAUAUGCAAAAGAAAUUACGUGAUUUAAAAAUUGGCACAUACGAUAAUAUCGAAACAGCCGAUGAGAAUACCAGCAUAUUAACAGCUUUAAAGAAAUUCGUCGAAAGAAGAGUUUCAGCCUUACCUUUGGUCGAUGCUGAAGGCCGUCUAGUUGAUAUUUAUGCGAAAUUUGAUGUUAUUAAUCUGGCUGCAGAAAAAACAUAUAACGAUCUCGAUGUCUCGCUGCGCAAGGCAAACGAACAUCGCAACGAAUGGUUUGAGGGUGUUCAAUGUUGUAAUCUUGAUGAGACACUCUACACCAUAUUGGAGCGUAUCGUCCGGGCAGAGGUGCAUCGUUUGGUGGUGGUCGAUGAAAAUCGUAAAGUUAUUGGUAUUAUAUCGCUAUCGGAUAUUCUCUUGUAUUUGGUGUUGCGGCCAAGCGGCGAAGGUGUUGGUGGCUCCGACAAUUCGUUGCGGGCAACAGAUCCCCUGCUACAACGUAAAGAUACCACAACCGACGAUGAGUCAGAUCAAAAAUCACCUUCGGUUGGUUCGGUGGGUAGUCGUAGUAUAAUUGAAGAUAUUCCCGAAGAAGAGACGACAGCAACGGCGGCAAGCAAUAGCCAACAUGAUGCUGUGGACAGUUCAUCAGCGGCGGCGGCAGCGCCAGAACAAAUUGUUGUCGAACAGGCGAGUAAAUCUUCAAAUUACGCCAAUCAAGGAGAAAUAUCAUUUGCCGAUGAGGCUGAGGAAGAUGAAGUCACCACUACUCAGACCAAUGGUGGUGGUGGUGGUGAUGAAGAGGAUGAGGACGACGAUGAAGAUGCUAAGGAUGUGAUAAGCGGUACUUGUGAUAAUUUAAAAAUAUCCGAAACCAAUACAACAACAGAUGAAGCCACAACACAAGCAGCAGCAACAGAAUUAACAACAGCUGCCUCUUUAACACAGACCACAGCCGCCCGUGAAAUGGGUCUGGUUAGUGAGUAAAUGAAGAAGAAGAAGAGGAAAAUUUGAACAGAAAAUACAAAUCAUCGUUACGUUAUGCAUCGUUAUGUGAUUAUUGUUUUUAAUUUUAACUUUCUAUAACUAUAGUGCAAAGGAAUUUAUAAUUUACAAUUAAAAAACAAAUACAAUUACAAAAGAAAAAACAUAAUAUCGAAAAGGUAACACCCUUUUUUUAAACAAACAAAAAAACAAAUCAUGUAAUUUAUUUUUAUUAAAAUGAAAGAAUAGAACAAAAAAGAGAAAAAGAAA